UCUCCGGUGGUGGCAUUAGAGCAAUGGCUAAUAAUGCAGCAGAAGCAGAGAAUUCUAUCACCAUUACUGCCGUUGUCACAACUAAGGUUCCAUUAAGCCUCAGUAAUGUUGAGGAUAUUCUUGGGAGAACCUUUCAUUUGGAGCUCGCAAGCGCUCAACUUGAUCCAAAGACGGGAAUGGAGAAAGAUACCAUAAAAGGAUACGCACGUUGUGUUAGCCAAAAAGAGGGAAAUGCAAACUAUGAGGGCAAGUUGGUGGUUCCUGCAAAUUUUGGCGAAGUGGGUGCAGUGCUUGUGGAGAAUGAACACCCCACGGAGCUCUUCAUCAAGACCAUUGUCCUCAAUGGAUCUCUCACUGGUACUCUCAACAUCACCUGCAACUCUUGGGUCCAUUCUAAGUCAGAGAACCCACAAAAGAGGGUCUUCUUCACCAACAAGUCCUACUUGCCAUCACAAACACCAAGUGGCCUGAGGGGGCUGAGAGAGAAGGAGCUUGAGAACCUUCGUGGCGAUGGAAAGGGAGAACGAAAGGCGUUCGAGAGGAUCUAUGAUUACGACAAGUAUAAUGACCUUGGAGACCCAGACAGCAGUGAUGAACUAGCAAGACCAGUCCUAGGUGGUGAGGAACACCCUUAUCCAAGGCGUUGUAGAACAGGCCGUGAUCCUUGCGACAAAGAUCCAUUGUCGGAGAAAAGAAGCCUCAGCAUAUACGUACCAAGGGACGAGGAAUUCUCUGAUGUCAAGACACUAACAUUCUAUUGUGAGACAAUAAGUGCUGCAUUGGAUGCUUUGCUCCCUCAGAUCAGAGCUACUCUCACAGACAGCAAUCUUGGAUUUCCUUCCUUCCUCGCCAUUGAUUCCCUCUUCAUUCAAGGGAUGGAGUUACCCCAAGUUGAAAAUCAAGGGUUAUUGAAGAAACUAUCUUCUGGGCUUGCCAAGGCUAUAAAACAUGGAGAUACGAUCCUGCGCUUUAAGAUCCCUAAACUGUAUGAAAGAGACCACUUUUCUUGGUUAAGAGAGGAGGAAUUUGCUCGUCAAACACUUGCUGGUGUCAACCCCUAUAGCAUUCAGCUAGUCACAGAAUGGCCAUUGAAGAGUGAGCUCGAUCCUAAGAUCUAUGGCCCACUGGAGUCGGCAAUUACGACUGCAAUUGUUGAGCAAGGAAUUGGACAUCAAAUGACCAUCAAUGAGGCCAUAAAUGGAAAGAAACUGUUCAUGUUAGAUUAUCAUGAUUUGCUAUUACCUUGUGUGAAGAAAGUAAGAGAUAUAGAAGGCACGACACUAUAUGGGUCUCGCACACUAUUCUUUCUCAACCCUGAUGGCACACUAAAACCCCUUGCUAUCGAGCUCACUCGACCACCCAUAGAUGACAAGCCACAGUGGAAACAAGUGUUUUUACCUAGUACUGAUACCAUUGAUAGUUGGUUAUGGAGACUAGCCAAAUCUCAUGUGUGUGCUCAUGAAUCAGGUUAUCAUGAGCUUGUCAGCCACUGGCUGAGGACUCAUUGUUGUACAGAGCCAUACAUAAUUGCAGCUAAUCGGCAACUAAGUGCAAUGCAUCCAAUCUACAGAUUUUUGCAUCCUCAUUUUCGAUACACAAUGAAGAUCAAUUCUCUUGCUCGGUUGGCCCUCAUCAAUGGAAAUGGGAUAAUUGAGAGUUCCUUCUCACUACGCAAGUAUUCAAUGGAGCUUAGUUCUGUUGCUUAUGACAAAUUCUGGCGUUUUGACAUGGAGGGUCUACCAGCAGACCUCAUUAACAGGGGAAUGGCAGUCAAGGACCAAACAGCUGAGCAUGGUGUGAAGCUGACCAUCAAGGACUACCCCUUUGCAGAUGAUGGCCUCCUCAUUUGGACAGCCACAAAGCAAUGGGUGAGUGACUAUGUCAACCACUAUUACCCGGAUGCUAGCCUAGUUGAAUCUGAUCAAGAGCUGCAAGCAUGGUGGACUGAGGUCAGAACCCAAGGCCAUGGAGACAAGAAGGAUGAACCAUGGUGGCCAGUCCUCGAAACACAAGAAAAUCUUAUUGAAAUCUUGACAACCAUUAUCUGGGUUGCCUCAUGCCACCAUUCUGCUGUAAACUUUGGUCAGUAUGCAUAUGGUGGUUACUUUCCAAACCGACCCACAAUUGCUAGAACCAACAUGCCCACUGAAGACCCUUCAGAACAAGACCUCAAGAAAUUCAUGGAGAAACCCACAUUAGCACUCUUGCAGUCCUUCCCUUCACAGAUUCAAGCAACAACUGUGAUGACUGUUUUGGAUGUGUUGUCAACACACUCGAUUGAUGAAGAGUAUCUUGGAGGAAAGAUAGAGGCAACAUGGGCCGAUAAUCCAGUUACCAAGGAUGCAUUUGAGAAGUUCAAUGAAAGAUUGAAGGAGAUUGAAGCAAUUAUUGAUGCCAGAAACACAGAUUUGAAGCUGAAGAAUAGAACUGGAGCUGGCAUUGUACCAUAUCAGCUCCUGAAACCAUUCUCUGACUCUGGAUUGACGGGGAUGGGAAUUCCUAACAGUAUCUCUAUUUAGAAGUGAAACAUGAUCGUUUUCAAAUAAUUAUUGUUGUGUUAUGGACACAUCUUAUUACCUUAUCUAAAUAAUGAAAUUCAAUGGCUGCAAUAGUUAGUGAUGAUUGUUAAA